AUGGCGAUCGUGAAAAGGGGUGGCCGUUCAAAGGCUAAACAACAGCAGGCACCAGCUAAAUCAAAUGGACUGAGUGGAGGAGGAAUCAAGAAAGCAGAGUUCGACGUCACCAAAAAGAAAGAAGUAGGAGUGUCUGAUUUGACACUUUUGUCAAAGAUUACUGAUGAAGCUAUAAAUGAUAACUUACACAAGAGAUUUAUGAAUGAUACUAUAUACACUUAUAUUGGGCACGUGUUGAUUUCCGUCAAUCCAUUCCGUGAUCUUGGAAUUUAUACCCUGGAAACAUUGAACAAGUACAAGGGGAGAAACAGAUUGGAGGUUCCACCACAUGUUUUUGCCAUUGCUGAGUCUAUGUAUUACCAUUUGAAAUCGUAUGGGGAAAAUCAAUGUGUCAUUAUUUCAGGAGAAUCGGGAGCAGGUAAAACAGAAGCUGCGAAGCAGAUCAUGCAGUACAUUGCCAAUGUCUCUGUUGAUACUGGAAAUGCCGAGAUUACCAAAAUUAAGGAUAUGGUUUUGGCUACAAAUCCACUUUUAGAAUCGUUUGGAUGUGCUAAAACUUUGAGAAAUAACAACUCCAGUAGACACGGUAAGUACCUCGAGAUCAAAUUCAGCGAAGGAAGUUAUCAACCAGUAGCAGCACAUAUUACAAACUAUCUUUUGGAAAAGCAGAGAGUUGUAUCUCAGAUCUCUAAUGAGAGGAAUUUCCACAUUUUCUAUCAAUUUACCAAACAUUGUCCCCCACAGUACCAACAACAGUUUGGCAUACAAGGACCGGAGACCUAUGUCUACACUUCCGCUGCCAAAUGUAUUACCGUAGACGGUAUUGAUGAUGGAAAGGACUUUAAAGAUACGUUGAAUGCGAUGAAUGUCAUUGGUUUGAGUCAAGACGAGCAAGACAAUAUAUUUAGAAUGUUGGCCCUGAUAUUAUGGAUUGGUAACAUUUCGUUCAUAGAGGAUGAAAGCGGCAAUGCAGCAAUACGUGACGACAGUGUAACCAAUUUUGUUGCCUAUCUUUUGGAUGCCAAUCCUGAUAUUUUAAAGAAAGCCAUCAUUGAGAGAACUAUAGAGACAUCACAUGGUAUGAAGAGAGGUUCAACUUAUCACGUCCCAUUAAACAUUGUACAAGCAACUGCAGUACGUGACGCAUUGGCGAAAGGUAUUUACAACAACUUGUUUGAUUGGAUUGUCGAAAGAGUAAAUUUAUCGUUGGGUGGAAAACAAAAUCAGUCAAACAAAUCGAUUGGUAUUCUUGAUAUCUAUGGGUUUGAGAUUUUUGAGCAUAAUUCGUUUGAACAAGUUUGUAUCAAUUAUGUGAAUGAGAAAUUGCAGCAAAUUUUCAUUCAGUUGACAUUGAAAGCAGAGCAAGAUGAGUAUGUUCAAGAACAAAUCAAGUGGACUCCUAUUGACUAUUUCAACAACAAGGUUGUUUGUGAUUUGAUUGAAGCAACAAGACCACAACCAGGGUUGUUUGCAGCUUUGAAUGAUUCAAUUAAAACGGCACACGCAGAUUCUGAUGCAGCCGAUCAGGUGUUUGCUCAAAGAUUAAGUAUGGUUGGCGCAAACAAUCGCCAUUUCGAGGACAGACGAGGCAAGUUUAUCAUCAAACAUUAUGCUGGUGAUGUGACAUACGAUGUUGCGGGGAUGACUGAUAAAAAUAAAGAUGGAAUAUUGCGUGACCUUUUGGAGUUGUUGGGGACAUCUUCCAAUCCAUUUGUUAAUCAAACGUUGUUUCCACCAGAGUUACUAAAUGCCUUAAUUGAUACAAAAAAGAGGCCACCAACUGCCUCUGACAAAAUCAAAACUAGUGCAAAUGCUUUGGUUGACACUUUGUCACAAUGUACACCAUCAUACAUUAGAACUAUUAAACCGAACCAAACCAAAAAACCACGUGAUUACGACAACCAACAAGUGUUGCAUCAAAUUAAAUACUUGGGUCUCAAGGAGAAUGUUCGUAUCAGAAGAGCCGGAUUUGCAUAUCGUUCCACUUUCCAAAGAUUUGUGCAGAGGUUUUACUUGUUAUCGCCCGCCACAGGCUACGCUGGAGAUUAUAUCUGGCAAGGUGAUGACCUUACGGCUGUCAAAGAGAUUUUACGUGCAUGCCAUAUUCCUCAAACGGAGUAUCAGUUAGGUACAACCAAAGUAUUCAUCAAAACACCGGAGACGUUGUUUGCUUUGGAAGAUAUGAGGGACAAGUACUGGCAUAAUAUGGCCGCCCGUAUCCAAAGAGCUUGGAGAAGAUACGUUAAGCGUAAAGAAGAUGCAGCUAAGAUUAUUCAAAAUGCUUGGCGAAUGAAAACACAUGGAAACCAAUAUGAGCAGUUACGAGACUAUGGUAAUAGUUUAUUACAAGGAAGAAAAGAGAGAAGAAGAUUAUCAAUGCUCGGAUCACGUGCGUUUAUGGGAGAUUACUUGGGAUGUAACGACAAAAGUGGAUACGGAAGGUUUGUUGUUAAUCAAGCAGGUAUCAAGGAUCAUGUUGUAUUUUCCGGCAAGGGUGAAAUUUUGUUGUCAAAAUUCGGAAGGUCUUCAAAGAGGUUACCUCGUAUUUUCAUAUUGAGCAAGACAAGCUUAUAUGUUGUGGCGGAGGCAUUGGUGGAGAAAAGGUUGCAAUUGCAAAAGGAAUUUGUCAUUCCAAUCAAUUCCAUCAAGAGUGUUGGGUUAUCGACAAAUCAAGAUAAUUGGGUUGCCGUGUGCUUGCACACACCUACAACCAUGGUUCCCGAUAUCUUUAUUAACUUGGAUCUCAAAACAGAGUUUAUUACCCACUUGAAAAAAUUAAAUCCCGGAUUGUCAAUUAUAAUUGGACCCACGAUACAGUACCAAAAGAAACCAGGAAAGUACCAUACAGUCAAGUCUGUAGUUGGUUCUGGACCUCAAAUUUCUCCAAGAAGUGAUGUUUAUAAGUCUGGAACUAUUACUGUCAAUCAAGGUCUUCCAGCAAAUAGCAAGAACCCAAAACGACCAAGAGGUACUUCCGGGAAGGUCGAUUACAGUCAAUACUAUAACAGAGGCACCAGAAAUGGCACUUCAAGUUAUUCGUCCAGGCCAGCAGCAGCAACUACCAGACCAGCACAACCAUCAUAUUCUCAACCAGAGCAAGCACAAUCGCGCUAUCAAGCUCCUACACCACAUCAACCAGCAUCUCGCCCUGUCCAUUCAAUACCUCCUGCUGCCCCAACUCAUUCAAGGAACCAAUCACACGACGGCCCUUCUUUACAGGUUGCAGCUGCGCAAGCUGCUUUAGGUCAGAAACAGCAAAAUAACAGACCACAACCUGCUCAGCCCACGUCUCCAAGGAAAGCUCCUGCUCCAGCUAGACCUGCAAAAAAGGUUGCUCCUCCUCCACCAACAAAAAAGGCAACAUCACCACCACCUAAAAAGACAGCUUCUCAAUCGGUGCCACCACCGCCACCACCACCGGCUUUAUCAAAACCAAAAUUCCCUACUUACAAAGCCAUGUUUGAUUACGACGGUUCUGUGCCUGGUUCGGUCGCAUUGACCAAGGACACUAUCUACUACGUCACCCAGGUCAAUGGAAAAUGGGGCUUAGUCAAGACUAUGGAUGAAUCACAGGAAGGAUGGUCACCAAUUGACUAUUUACAAGAAUGUUCUCCAAAUGCAAACAACAUUUACUCGAACUCGUCUGCUCCUUCGAAUCCUGUGAGUACUGCCAGCUCCAAUACAAACACCACCCAAGCUACAACUGCGCUGAGUGGAAGUUUGGGAAAUGGAUUAGCUGAUGCUUUGAAGGCGAAAAAGACUGAAGAGACGAGUUUAGCGGGCUCUCUUGCUGAUGCAUUGAGGAAGAGACAAGGUGCAACAAGAGAUGACAGUGAUGUAGAAGAGGAUGACGAUGAUGACUGGUGA